AUGUCGGACAGUAACGAACAGCCUAAAUGCCCAGUAGACCAUUCCACAAGAAAGUCGUGGCUUUCUAAGCUAACAGGUGGUGGAAACCCCAAGGAAGUCGAACAAGCUCAACCAAAACAAAUGCCAUCAUCAUCUCAACUUUCAACUAAUGAGCCACAAGUAUGUCCAGUAAAUCAUGAUAGUCGAUCCGCAUGGCUAGAUAAAGUAUCAGUGGCAGUCACAACGUCUGAUUCUGCAAUCGAAGUACCCCAGCAGUCCUCAUCGACGACAACCUGCGAUUCAUCAACUAUUCCAAACACAUCACAAGACACAACCACAUCCAACAUCAACUUGCCCACUGAUCGAGAAAUCAGUUCUAUUCCACGCACAUCAUCACACCAAAACUGGAUCUACCCUAGCCAAAAACAAUUUUUCGAAGCUAUGCAGCGUAAAAACUGGAACCCUGAUUCACAAGAUAUGAAAGUCAUUGUCCCUAUCCACAAUUUAGUCAAUGAACGUGCAUGGAAACAUAUAACCAUGUGGGAAGGUUCGAAUUACCAGGAAGCAUUGAAGCAGUGUGGUGGUAUUACUUUGACUUCAUUCAAAGGUGAUUCAAAGAAGUUGACACCACGAGCAUGGAUCAAGCUGCAUGUGUGGGGCCAGCCACCGCCUUUUGAUCGUCAUGAUUGGACCAUUAAUCGAUGUGGGAAAGAGAUUGAAUACGUUAUUGAUUUUUAUAAUGGAGAUGAUAAUAGUGGACAAGUUUGGCUUGAUGUUAGGCCGAAAUUGAAUAGUUUUGAAGGAAUCAAGUUACGAUUAGCCAAAGCAUUUGGAUUAGAUUAA